AUGAAUGAAAUACCCAUUGAAAUAGUGAAAUUGAAGUCGAUAGUGGCAGACAAUGGUACAGGAUUUGUUAAGGUGGGAUAUGCAGGAAGUAAUUUUCCUGAUCAUGUUUUUCCUUCGAUUGUUGGACGUCCUAUACUUCGUGUAGAAGAGCAAAUGAUAGAUGCGCCUAUUAAAGAUAUUAUGGUAGGAGAUGAAGCAGCAGCAGUUAGAAACAUGCUUCAGAUCUCGUAUCCUAUGGAAAAUGGGAUUAUUCGUAAUUGGGAAGAUAUGCAGCAUCUUUGGGACUAUACUUUUAAUGAGAAGCUUAAGGUGGAUACAAGGGAUCGUAAGAUUUUACUUACAGAACCGCCUAUGAAUCCACUUGCAAAUAGAGAGAAAAUGUGUGAAGUUAUGAUUGAAAAAUAUGGUUUUUACGGCCUGACAACAGGAGUUGUUGUAGAUUCUGGCGAUGGAGUAACUCACAUUGUUCCUGUUUAUGAAAACGUAGUUCUUAAUCAUCUUACUCGUAGAUUGGAUGUUGCAGGACGUAGUGUUACGCGUCAAUUAAUUGAUUUACUUUUGCGAAGAGGAUAUGCUUUUAAUAGAACGGCAGAUUUUGAAACUGUUAGACAAAUUAAAGAAAAAUUAUGUUAUGUUAGUUGUGAUCUUACAUUAGAUCAUAAAUUAUCUCAAGAAACUAGUGUUUUGGUUGAAAGUUAUACUCUUCCUGAUGGACGUGUGAUUAAACUGAGUUCAGAGAGAUUUGAAGCGCCAGAAUGUUUAUUUCAGCCUCAUUUGAUUGGUUUAGAGCAGCCAGGAAUUGCAGAAUGUCUUUAUAAUACAAUACAAAGUGCAGAUAUGGAUAUUCGCUCUUCUUUAUUUAAAUCUAUUGUUUUAUCUGGUGGUACAAGCAUGUAUCCAGGUUUUCCUACUAGACUUGAAAAAGAACUUAAACAAUUGUGGUUAACAAGAGCAUUGAAUGGAGAUCCUUCUCAUUUUGAUAAAUUUAAAGUACGAAUUGAAGAUCCACCUCGUCGACGACAUAUGGUAUUUUUGGGCGGAGCCGUGCUUGCUAAUAUAGUAAAAGAUAAUGAUGAUAUGUGGAUAACCAGAAAUGAUUGGAACGAAUAUGGUACAAAAGCAUUAGAAAAACUCGGACCUCGUUGA